AUGCCACCGAACAACAAGCUUUCAGUAGUCGCAAAUCCACCUGUGACAACAAGACAAUUUCAUCGUUCCAUCUACUGGUUGGUUCACAAUCGAAGGAAAUACGGCUUUCGACAUGUGUGCAUGUUGCUCCUUGUACUCACGUACACUCUGCUUGGAGCGACUAUGUUCUUCAGCAUAGAAACAAACCAUGAGCAUAAGUUGGUUGCCGAACGUAAAAUCGCUCUCGACAAAAACGUCGCCUUGAUAGCCGAGCGGCUGAUGUUGAUACAGAACGGAAGUGAUAUUUUGGCCAACAAUCAAGUGGCAAAAGAGUUCGUUAAGUCCACCUAUAUCUCCCUACUGCAGCAGGAAUCUUUGUAUGAAGGCAGUACGUAUUCCAAAUCGUCCGACGAAGGGAAUUUCAAAUGGAGCUAUGCUAGCGCGAUAUUCUUCUCGAUGAAUCUAUACACCACGACUGGUUACGGUUCAAUAGCCCCCGAAUCGAUGCUUGGUCGAAUAUGUGUAAUGUGGUAUUCUCUGAUAACGAUUCCCAUCACAUUGGUGGUGGAUUUCGUGAUCAUCGGUCACGUGGACGGCCUUGUCUGGCUAACCCGAAACUGCUACGCCAUGAUACUGGUAUAA